AUGGGGCUGAAUGAUUUUAUCAGCAUUUAUGAAGGCAAGGAAUUGGCACAGAAAUAUCAUAAAUAUAGGACAACAAUUCCGCCACAUGUUGCCGAACAAGUUGUUGGACGAGUCGACAUCAGUGCCGAACAGUUGGAAGUGGCGGAAGAUGUGAACGAAUUUGACAAUGUAACGUAUAAGAAAAUGCUUGACAACAAUCUUCCUGUCGAGGAUAAUUCUAUCGAUCUAGUUACAUGCGUGGAUGCUGCUCAUUGGUUUGAUAUCGAGUAUUUUACUAAAGAAUGUCAGAGAGUCUUGAAACCUGAUGGCUGUGCAGUAAUUUACGUUCGUUUAGAAGCUUCCAUGAUACUUCUUCCAGAGAAAAAGGUUUCUAACCAAAAAGAUUUAGACUACCAAUUUGACCAGCUGAAUCGACAGUUCCUGAAAGAUAUCAACGGACACGAAAGAAAUAAUCUCAUUCUAGAACGCUACGUCCCACUAUUCAAAAAAAUACCAACUAAGGCGAAGUCUUUCUUAGAUGGGAUGCAGUUUACUGUUGAUUGGACUUUGAGAAACUAUCGCGAGUUUUGGACGACAAAGGGAGAAUAUCAUGCUUUGAUGAAGAAUAAUCGUCCAGACGUUGACCCACUUGAUAUUUUCAUAGAGCGGCUAAAGAGAUUUCUUGGAGCGGAGAGAAAGAAUGAAGAUGAUAUAAAGACCAGGAUAACAUAUGAUCUACCUGCAAUUGUUAUCACAAAAAGUUGA